AUGAGGCUGCCUUUGUGGCCUCUCUUGCUGGGGACGGCUCUGACAUAUCUAGCUGUCGAGGUCACAUCGCAGCAACAAUGCAGAGAUUGCACGAAUCGAGGAUGUUUUUGCGUCGGUGACAAAGGAUCGAUGGGAUCACCGGGUCCACAAGGACCACCCGGAUCUCCAGGAAUUCGUGGAUUUCCUGGCCCUGAAGGACUUGCCGGUCCAAAGGGACAAAAAGGAGCUCAAGGCCCACCUGGCCCACCUGGAGUGAAAGGAGAUCGAGGAGCUGUCGGAGUUCCUGGAUUCCCUGGAAACGAUGGUGCCAACGGUCGCCCUGGAGAGCCUGGACCACCAGGAGCUCCCGGAUGGGAUGGGUGCAAUGGAACUGAUGGAGCUUCUGGAAUGCCCGGUCUUCCCGGUCCGCCAGGUCUUCCCGGUUUCCCUGGAUCAAAAGGAGAUCUCGGUCUGAAGGGAGAGCCCGCUUUCGGCUACCCUGGAGCACCAGGCGAAAAAGGAGAUGCUGGCACCCAUGGAAUGCCUGGAUUGCCCGGUCCACCUGGUCGUGAUGGAUUCCCGGGAACGAAAGGAGAUCGAGGAGAUGGUGGACCGCCUGGUCCUCGUGGUCCUCCCGGAGACAUUGGACAACCUGGAAACCCUGGAAUCGGAUCCAUCGGACCAAAGGGAGACCCGGGAGAUAUGGGACCGACUGGACCUCCAGGUCCACCGGGUCCUCGCGAAUUUACAGGCACUGGUUCCAUAGUCGGCCCGCGUGGUCUUACUGGCGAAAAAGGAGAAAAGGGAGAUCCCGGCCCACAAGGACCCCCGGGGAAACCCGGUGGUACGGCUGAUUACCUCACCUCUCCCAAGGGCUCCUAUGUGGGCCCGAAAGGAGAUCUUGGAGUGAAGGGAGAAAAGGGAGACCCAGGAAAUGGUGGAGAUCGUGGAUUCCCAGGUCAACCCGGAAAUCCUGGAAUUCCUGGAAUGCCCGGAAUGAAGGGUGAGAAGGGAUUACCCGGACCAGCUGGACCAAGAGGAAAAGAGGGACGCCCUGGUAACUCUGGACCACCUGGCUUCAAAGGAGAUCGAGGACUUGAUGGCUUGCCUGGAUUGCCUGGAAUGCCCGGAAUGAAGGGAGAAGCUGGAUACCCUGGACGAGACGGAGGCAAGGGAAUGUCUGGACCACCUGGACCACCUGGAGGAGCUGAGAUCUCGAACGGACCCCCAGGACCAUCUGGUCUUCCUGGACGACAAGGAAACCCUGGCCCACCUGGAACUGAUGGCACCCCUGGUUCACCUGGACCACAAGGACCUCCCGGCCCAUCUGGAGGACCUGGUUCACCCGGUCUCCCAGGAAUGGAAGGAAUGCCUGGACCACGAGGAGACAAAGGAGACUCUGGCAUCCCUGGAUCACCGGGAUCACCGGGAGGACCUGGACAACCUGGGUACCCUGGGCCAAAAGGAGAACCCGGACAGCCUGGAUUCCCUGGACAAAGCAUUCCUGGCUUGCCUGGAAAGGACGGACGCCCUGGUCUUGAUGGAGCUUCUGGACGUAAAGGAGAGCAAGGUCUUCCUGGAGUAAGAGGACCUCCCGGAGACUCUCUCAAUGGACUUCCUGGUGCACCGGGACCUCGAGGAGGCCCUGGACCUAAAGGAUACGAUGGACGAGAUGGUAUUCCUGGAUUGCCUGGAAUUCCCGGACCAAAGGGAGAUCGAGGAGGCUCGUGCUCUUCUUGCGCUCCUGGAACAAAGGGAGAGAAGGGUCAACCGGGCUACCCUGGACAACCUGGACUUCAAGGCGAACGUGGACACCCUGGAAUGAACGGCCCGCCUGGAGACCAAGGAGAUGAUGGCAUGCCUGGAGCAGCUGGACGACCUGGAGGGCCUGGAUUCCCCGGAAAAGAUGGACUCCCUGGAUUGCCUGGAGCAAAGGGAGAACCCGCCACUCUUUCGCUGAGAGCUGGACCACCUGGAUACCCCGGAAUGAAGGGAGAAGCUGGAUUCCCCGGAUUGCCCGGAAGAGCAGGCGUCGAUGGCCCUCUAGGACCACCUGGACAGCCCGGUUAUCCAGGAGAACCUGGAGCUAAAGGAGAGCCUGGACUUGGAGGACGGCCUGGGAAACCCGGAACUGAUGGACUUCCUGGAUUGCCUGGAGCGAAGGGAGAACCCGGAUAUGGACAGCCUGGACUACCUGGACUUCCUGCAGAAAAGGGAGAUGCUGGAUUCCCUGGACAACCUGGUCAACCCGGACAACCUGGAGAGCCUGGAAGACCAGCUCCAGAAGCGAUCACUCAAGCUGGACAACCUGGAAUUCCAGGACGUGAUGGAUUGCCUGGACUGAAGGGAGAAGCCGGAUUGCCUGGACAACCUGGAUCAGCUGGUUUGCCUGGACUUCCCGGAAUCCCUGGACACAAAGGAGACAAUGGAUACCCAGGACCACCUGGCAUGUCCGGAAGCCCUGGAAUCCCUGGAGAGAAAGGAUUCGGCGGAGUUCCAGGUCUUGCUGGAAUCCCUGGACCAAAAGGAGAGGCUGGCCAACCUGGAUAUCCUGGAUCAGCUGGACAAAAGGGAGAGCCUGGACCAUCGAAUGUUGGCCCUCAAGGACCACCUGGUUUCCCUGGAAUGAAGGGAGAAUCUGGUGUUCCUGGAUCACCUGGUCUGCCUGGACUUGAUGGACAACCUGGACAGCCCGGCUAUGGAGGACCGAAAGGAGACUCUGGAUUGCCCGGUCUUUCUGGACAACCUGGAUUCCCUGGAGCUAAGGGAGAGUCCGGAUUCCCCGGACAACCUGGACGUGAUGGAGAACCUGGCGAAUGUGGACCUGAUGGCUUGCCUGGAGUGCCUGGCACAAAGGGAGACGGCGGAAUUCCUGGAUUGCCAGGAAUUCCAGGAAUCAAGGGAGAUUCGGGACUUCCUGGAUCACCUGGCUUCCCUGGAGCAUCCGGUCAACCUGGAUACCCUGGCAUGAAGGGAUUACCUGGAGUGCCUGGAGUAUCAGGACUGAAAGGAGAUGGCGGACAACCUGGCUACCCUGGAGCUCCUGGAAUGAAGGGACUGAAUGGACCAGCGGGACAACCUGGACUCCCCGGAUUGAAAGGAAAUGGAGGAUUGCCCGGAAUUCCUGGACGUGAUGGACAGCCCGGAAUUCCUGGAAUUAAGGGAGAUCGAGGAUUCAACGGAAUUCCUGGACUCAAGGGAGAACCCGGACUUGCUGCUCGAGAUGGACAGAAAGGAGAUGCUGGUCUACCUGGACAACCUGGUCUUCGUGGACCACCUGGACAACCCGGCUACCCUGGAGUUGCUGGACCAAAGGGAGAACCAGGACCAGGCGGAUAUGGACAACCUGGACUUCCUGGAGAAAAGGGAUUGCCUGGAAUUCCUGGAAAGAGCGGUAGACCAGGAUCUCCUGGAGGACCAGGACAAGAUGGACUCCCUGGAUUCCCUGGACUUAAAGGAGAAUCGGGCUACCCCGGAGCGCCAGGCCUUCCCGGACAAGAUGGACUCCCUGGAAUCCCUGGACCAAAGGGUGAUGGCGGUUUCCCUGGCCAACCUGGACUUGCUGGAGAGGCUGGACUUCCUGGACCAAUGGGACCACCUGGAAUUCGUGGAGAAAAGGGACAAUCUGGACUUCCUGGCCUCCCUGGUGAUCGUGGACUUGAUGGACACCCUGGAUUGAAGGGAGAUGGUGGAUAUCCAGGCCAACCUGGUUCUCCUGGAGGACCAGGAGAGAAGGGAACAUCUGGAGCACCUGGUUUCCCCGGAUUAAAGGGAAAUGCUGGACUCCCUGGACACCCCGGACUUCCUGGAAUCCCUGGACAAAAGGGAGAACUUGGACCAGUUGGACCAUCUGGACGUGAUGGUCAACCCGGAUAUCCCGGAGAGAAGGGAGACUGUGGACCAGAUGGACUUCCUGGAUUGCCUGGACAUGGAAUCCCUGGCCAACCCGGACAACCAGGUCAACCUGGAAUCAACGGACAUGACGGUCUUCCUGGUCUUCCUGGAACAAAGGGAGAAUCUGGACAACCUGGCUAUCCUGGAGGUCCAGGAAUGAAGGGAGAUUCUGGUCUUCCUGGAUUCCCCGGACAGAAAGGAGAAUCUGGUCUUCCUGGUAUUCCUGGUAAACGUGGAGAAGAUGGAUUGCCUGGAGGACCCGGACGUGAUGGAUACCCUGGAGCCCCUGGAAUCAAGGGAGAACAAGGACCUGCUGGAGCGCCUGGACAGAACGGGUACCCUGGAACCCCUGGAAUGAAGGGAGACGGUGGAUUGCCUGGCUUCCCCGGACCAAAGGGAGACGCUGGUUUCCCAGGACAGCCUGGAUUACCAGGAGUCCCUGGACUCAAAGGAGAAUCUGGAUUCCCUGGACUGCCUGGUCGUGAUGGAGGACCUGGUUUGGAUGGACCACCUGGACUACCUGGACCAUCCGGACCUCUUGCUGAAGUGCUUCCUGGAUCCAAGGGAGAACCUGGGCGACCUGGACUCCCCGGAAUGCGCGGAGAGAAGGGAUUGCCCGGACUUGAUGGACCACCUGGACCACCUGGACUACCUGGAUUACCAGGACAGCGAGGAAAUGAUGGAUUCCCUGGAGUGCCCGGAACAUCUGGAGAAAAAGGAAUGGCUGGAUUGCCUGGAUUCCCCGGACUCGAUGGAGCUCCUGGAGGCCCUGGAGCCCCUGGACUCCCUGGAUCAGCUGGGCCAGCUGGAGCUGCCUACAGGGACGGAUUCUUGCUUGUCAAGCACUCACAGACCGGUGACAUUCCGAGAUGCCCAGAUGGACAUGUCAAGCUCUGGGAUGGAUACUCACUUCUUUACAUUGAAGGAAACGAGAAAUCACACAACCAGGAUCUCGGCCACGCUGGAUCUUGCUUGCAGCGAUUCUCAACCAUGCCAUUCUUGUUCUGCGAUUUCAACAACGUUUGCAACUACGCCUCGAGAAACGACAAGAGUUAUUGGCUCUCCACCACUGCUCCAAUUCCAAUGAUGCCGGUGGCUGAACGAGAGAUCGAGCAAUACAUCUCAAGAUGUUCGGUGUGCGAAGCUCCAGCCAACGUGAUCGCCGUCCAUUCGCAAACCAUUCAAAUCCCCAACUGCCCAGCUGGCUGGAACUCGCUCUGGAUUGGUUACUCGUUCGCUAUGCACACUGGAGCUGGCGCUGAGGGAGGAGGACAAUCUCUUAGCUCGCCUGGUUCGUGCUUGGAAGACUUCCGUGCUACUCCAUUCAUUGAGUGCAACGGUGCUCGUGGAACUUGCCACUACUUCGCUAACAAGUUCUCCUUCUGGCUCACCACCAUUGAGAACGAUCAAGAGUUCAGGACUCCCGAGUCUCAGACGUUGAAGGCGGGUUCAUUGCGAACGCGUGUCUCUCGUUGUCAAGUCUGUAUCAAAGUCACCGAUCAGAGAUAU